GCGUUCACUUGUGUUGUUGGAUGGUUUGUUAAACGGUCACCCGGUCAAAUUAAUAACCUCCUUAAAUCAUACAAAAUUUAAACUGAAUUGAACACUAUCGUUAAUAUUCUAUAUCAUUAAAGUGAAAUGUGAAAAGCAAUUAAGUUUAAUCAAUCGCGUGAUUUGCAUAGAAAAUUUAAUUUUAAUCGGCACCGGUAAAUAAAUGCUUGUGACAUUCGAAGAGCAACUGAUCCGCGAAAAACGCAACAUCAAUUAACAGCAACGAAAAUAACAAAAUAAUACAUUUACGUUUUGGUCCAGCAGUAGACACUGCUUGAUAACUGAGUAAGAUGGCUUGCACUUGUGAGGUUAUUGGAUUGGCCUGUGUUGUGGCCUUGAUCCUGAGCAUAUCAGCCAAGGCGCCCUACCAGAUGAGGAUGUGCAUUGUCCUGGUCGGAGCUGGUGCCAUUGUCAUGGUGUGUAUUCCCUUCAUGAUUCUGCGUCCCAGGGAUUAUCGCAAUGGACUUAUUCCUUCAUGGUUCUUCCUACAACUGUGCAAAUUAAUGGGUAUUUCCAUGGAGGUGCGUGGAGUGGAGAACGUGAGAAGGGAGCACGGCAGCGUGGUGUUAAUGAAUCAUCAGAGCGCUUUGGAUUUAUGUGUGCUCGCUUAUCUGUGGCCCGUGAUUGGCCGCUCAACUGUGGUGGCAAAGAAGGAGAUUCUUUACAUGCCUUUCUUUGGCGUUGGCGCCUGGCUUUGGGGCACCUUGUACAUCAAUCGUUCGCGCAAAUCGGACUCGAUUAACUCUCUGCAAAAGGAAGCGGUUGCGAUAAAGGAGCGUAACUGCAAGAUUCUCGUCUUUCCCGAAGGCACACGCAACUCCAAGGAUACUCUGUUGCCCUUCAAGAAGGGUUCAUUCCACAUUGCGUUGCAGAGCAAGUGCACCAUUCAACCAGUGGUCAUCUCUAAAUACUCUUUCUUCGAUGAGGAGAAGAAAGCUUUUCGCCCUGGCCAUGCGCUGAUCAACAUUCUGCCUGAAAUCUCUACGGAAGGCUACGAAAAGGAGGACAUGGAUAAACUGAUUGAGGUGUGCUAUUCCACCAUGCAGGAGGAAUACACGCGACUGACGAAAGAGGCACAAUCGUUGGCCUUGUCGAAGGCAGCGAAAAAGCAGUCGUAAACUUUGGAUUAGUUUAAAAUUGAGAACUCAGGUUACAAACGAAAAACACAAAGCACAUUCACGGUAUUUUUAAUAAGAGCCAAACAAUAUUUUGUUACUGAUAAUAUUGUGGAAAUCAAAGCAGAUAUGUACAUACUAUAUAUAGUAAAUAUGAGCUAAUUUAAUAGUGUUAAGUUAUGUGGAUAACAUUGAUGUA